CAUGUCAGGGUCCAAAAGCAACACAGAGGUGUUCACAGUGGGUGAGGUGGGAGAGGAGGUGGAGGAGGUGGAGGGAGCCAGGAACGACAACAACAGGUGCAUGUAUGAGAUGUAUGUUCAGCCCUGCCUGGCCGAGCUGUUCGGGACCAGCCUGUUUGUGUUCGUGGGAUGUGCGUCUGUCAUUGGGAACAAUGGAUCCAACGGCGUCCUCCAGCCUGCUCUGGCCCACGGACUGACACUGGGGGUGCUCAUCAUGGUGUUUGGGCAAAUAAGUGGGGGCCACUUUAACCCUGCAGUGUCUCUGAGCGUCUACAUGUGUGGAGGGAUGGAGCUGCUCCUGACGGUGCCUUACCUCGCAGCUCAGAUUCUAGGAGGGAUGAUCGGUGCUGCUUUGACAAAGGUCAUGUACCCGGCCGAAUUGUACGACUUCGCCCUCGGAGGAGUCAUUCAACCCGGCACCAGCGACCUGGGUAAAGCCAUGAUGGCAGAGACGAUGCUGACCCUGAUCCUCACCACGGUGGUGUGUCUGGGCGCCGUCAACAAUCAGACCCGCUCGCCGUCGGCUCCGUUCUGCAUCGGCCUCACGGUGACGGCCAACAUAAUAGCAGGAGGGAUGCUGUCCGGCGCCUGCAUGAACCCCGCCCGAGCCUUCGGACCUGCAGUGGUUGCCAAUCAGUGGGCCCAUCACUGGCUCUACUGGGUCGGACCCAUAUGUGGUGCACUGCUCACUGUCACCUUCGUCAGGUUGUUCUUUGGUGACCAGAGGACUCGUGUUUUGCUGAAGUGAACGUCUCAGGCAAAGAGGAUGACCCGAUUCCCCAGUGACUUCUCCAACACAUUUCUGUAACCAUUAGACUGUAAUAUUUAAAUUCUGUAAAAAUAUUGUAUUUAAACUAGGAGUAGCUCUGACUGUCGGCUCCUACACAAUCACAUGUCUGUAUUUGAAGAUUCAAUAAAGUGUUUGAUGAUGCGACAGUGUCCUGAUAUCGCUCCACCUGACUUGGACUUGUGCAUGUGUGGCGAUUGGAAAAAGUCCAGAUGAUAAUAAUGCCCAUACAUAGAAUUAAACACAACGAUCACACUUUUGUGUUAUCUA